UUUGCAGCUGGCCGUGUUAGUAAAUUACUUCGUGUUUAAUAAUUUACAAUCGGAUAUUUACAUUGUGUUCUGAGUAAAACGGUAUGGCGAUCACGUCUGCUGAUCGCUAAAUGUCUUAAAACCCUUUUAAUUCGCGAAUAUCAUCAUUCGGCGCUAUACAGAUUGUUUUGAAGAAAUGGAUGUAACAGGAUCGAUUAACAAUGAAGAUCUUGCUGAGGCUAUUGAGAACGAGGAGGAUGUGGACUAUUCGGAGGAGAGGGAGCUAGUAGAGGACUCGUGUUCCACCAAGGUGCUGGACACGUGUGAUGAACCACGGGAUAGAUAUCGCAUUGUGUACAUUUUGUUUUAUUUGUUCGGUAUUUCGUCCCUUGUGCCUUGGAACUUCUUGAUAACUGCAAAUGAUUAUUGGAUGUACAAAUUCCGUGAUGUUAAACCCAGCAACCUCACAAUGUUUGUACGGAAGACUCAGUUCCAAGCUGAGUUCACUUCCUACCUCAAUGUGGCAACCGCAAUACCCAACUUGAUAUUCCUUAUAUUGAACUCGCUAUAUGGGCAUUGGGUAUCUAUGAAAAGCAGACUCCAAGGCUCCUUAGUAAUUGUGACGCUAUCACUUCUAGUCACCACAUCAUUCGUGCAAGUCGACACAGACGAGUGGCAGAACACGUUCUUCAUCAUAACCAUAGUUACUGUGGUCAUUAUGACAGCCGCCAGCGCCGUAUUCAUAGGCGGUCUAGUGGGUAUCGCGAGCAAAUUCUCAGAAGAGUACAUGGCUGCUGUGGUCAGCGGACAAUCCUUGGGAGGAAUCAUCGCUGCCGUCGCCCAGAUCAUAUCUCUAGCCUUCAAAAUAUCGCCAUUACACAGUGCAAUUAUAUACUUCUGUAUAGCAGACGUGAUGGUUAUACUGUCACUCAUAUCGUAUGCCCUGUUAUAUAAAAUAGAUUUCUUUACGUAUCACAUUCUAAGGGGGUCAGGUGGUAUGGCGGCGAAUCGGCAUAGGGAGGUGUCCAUGUUGGUUAUACUCAAGAAGAUUUGGGUGUACGCGUUCAGUAUCUUCGCGGUGUUCGGGAUCUCUAUGGCGGUGUACCCAGCUGUCACCGUGCUGGUGGAGUCUCAUCCGGUCACUGCUGGGACCGAUUGGAAUAAGAUAUUCUUCGUGCCGGUCGUGAAUUAUCUGAUAUUUAACUGCGGUGAUUAUUCUGGACGCCUGGUAGCUGGAUUUCUGUUGCGGCCAAACAACCAGUGGUUCAUAGCCGCAGCCAGCGUGCUAAGGAUCGCCGGGGUGCCGAUGCUGAUGCUGUGUAAUGCGCAGCCGCGGAAACACCUGCCCGUGGUGUUCCUGUGGGACUACGAGUAUAUACUCAUCAUGAUCGUGUUCGCGUUCACCAACGGGUACCUCACCAACAUCGUGAUGAUCAACUCCACCAGGAUGGUGGAGAUGCACGAACGAGAAAAGGCGUCUUCAGUGAUAGCUACAAUGCUCAGCGUUGGGCUAACUGUGGGCGCGGCCGUGGGCAUGCUGCUAGUGAGAUUACUAUAAACUACUGUUAGUUGACAACCUUCUAGAAUAGAGCUUAUCCAAUGAUCAUAUAUAUUUUACUGGUGCAAGUGCAAAAACAACUUUUAAAAAAAUUUUAAAUUGGGACUUUUAUCGGUUCAGAUAUUCAUCUCUUUUAUAAACUGGUAUGUCAAUCAAAAUAUUCAAAUCCAUGUAAUUCGUGAAAUAGUGUUAAAUUACGUCGAUAAAAAUAUACUAUACUAAUAAUAAGCAUAUCAUAUGUUGUAUAAUUUUAUUGGUCGUUGUUAAUUUGUAAGAGCGAUGAAUAGUGUUGUAAUUCCACAUAUAACUUAAUAUUUUUAACCAUAUAAGCGUAAUCUUUACCAGCAUACGUAUCUUUAUAUAGUAUUUCAAAUUUGUGUUUUGCUUGCGCCAGUGUUACGUAUAAUAUCAUGUGACUUUAAUGUUAUGAAAUAGCAUCCUUUUACGUACAAAUCGUAUCUAAAUACGCGCGAAAUGAGUGUUAUUAGUUCAGUAAUAUUCGAAAAAGAUGUUGCUUCAUUAUUAUUUUACCUAAAUAAAAUGACGAUUGUAUUUUAUCCUGUAGGAAUGUUAUGGGUGUCUGUAAUCUGUAUAUAUAAACUAUAUGUUAUAGACAAAACGUUUAAAACACAUUUUUAUUACUAAGCUUAACGAAUAAGUUUUAGUUUUAUAAUAAAUGUUAUUAAAUAGUAGGUGAUAAAUAACAGCAUUUUUUAUGCUUUCAAUGUCAGUUUACGCAAAUUUUAUUUUUAUAAUUUAGUCCAGUCAUUUUGUAGUUUUAUGGAAAAGGUUUCGAAGACAAAACGAAAUUAAAAUUUGAUAAAAUAAGCACAUUGAGGUCUUAAUGUUACCUCUCUAACUUGCCGAAUGCGUUGUGCCCUUUUUGAGCACCAAAUGACUGGGACUGUGUGUAGAAUUAUGGACAAAAGAGAUAAAACUUGCAUAUAGGUUGUAUACUCUUUUUUUUCUUUUGUUUCUUAUAAUGAAAACUUUUCUUUUUUUAAUUUACAAAAC